AUGAGGUACCAGAUCAUUGAGAGGAUUGGGCACGGAUCUAGCGGGCAAGUCUACCAAGCUGAGAAGAAGGAGGACGGCACGAAGGUGGCCUUGAAGUUUAUGACAGCGAUUGAUCAGGACAUGAUCCAAAUGCGCCGGUCUGAGUACCAGAUUCUCCGGGACCUUGACCAUCCGAACAUCGCCUCACGGCGCGGGAAAUGGCCCGAUGUUGCAAACAGCCCUCAAGCCCUGAAGCCCCUAAAACCCAGACCACUCUUUCAGCAACCUGGGAUACCGAAUUGUGAGCAUUCCGGAAGUCUUCCUAAAUCUAAGCGGAUUGUUGAUUUGCAGUGGCCUAGGGUUGCGGCUUCGAGGGUGGAUGUCCACGCCCAGGGUGGUUUUUGA